CACUUAGCCCUGCUGUUGGUGUUAGCUUAGCGGUGAGCUGUGCUGCUCCAGGAUGUCUGAGCACCACCGUGGGCUCUCCGUCAACCACAGAGUCCUGUGACGUCUCUCCUGGGUCCAGUGAGCUGAAGUCCAUCAGCUGGCAUCCGGAUUUGAACACUGUUCACCUCACUGAGGCCGUGUCUGCUGAAAAUCACCGUGGCCUCACACCCUGGGGGCGGGACUCCGGCGUGGGACGCUGCGUCUGAUUGAUCUGAAGUGUUGGUUGUCUGCUGCUGCGGUUGACGGCUGUGCGUCUCCCGCUGUAUGCCGCCGGUCCUGUCCAGGAGUGAGCUUCAUGUUUGGGAGGAGGAGCCUCUGAAGUGUGCGUGGAGGAGAGAGCGGCCAUGGCACCGAGGAAGAAAGCGUCCAGACUUCAGGCUGGGGGCAGCAGCGGAGGAGGGGAGCCCGUCCUCAGAGCCAGUGAGCCCAAAGACUACAUCAACGAGCUGUCCCAUGAGGUCCUCUGCCAUAUAUUCAGGUACCUUCCUAUGAAGGACAUCAUGUGUAUGGAGUGCCUGUCCCGGAAGCUGCGGGAAGCCGUCACUCUGUACCUGCGAGUGGUGAAAGUGGUGGACCUGUGCGCGGGGCGCUGGUGGGAGUACAUGCCCUCAGGCUUCAUCGACAGCAGCUUCCUGCUGCUCCUCAAGAAGAUGCCGGACCUGGAGCAGCUGUUCGGGCUCCACCCCCGGUACCUGGAGAGGAGGCGGGUCCGGGGCUACGAGGCCUUCAGCAUCCCCGGAGUGCUGGAGGCUCUGCAGGCCUGUCCCAACCUGCUGGGGGUGGAGACGUCCCACCUGGAGCUGGUGGAGGCCAUUUGGAAUUACAUGCCUCAAGUUCACAUUCUGGGAAAGUUCCGUAAUCGCAACGGAGCGUUCCCCAUCCCCGCCGAGAACAAGCUGACCAUCCCCGUGACGGCCAAGAUCCAGACGCUGCACUUAGUGGGUGUUAAUGUCCCGGAGAUCCCGUGUGUGUCCAUGCUGCGACACCUGUACCUGAAGUGGGUGCGCCUCACCAAGCCGCAGCCCUUCAAGGACUUCCUGUGCGUCAGCCUCAGGACCUUCGUCAUGCGCAACUGCGCCGGGCCCACCAACUCCCUGAAGUACGUCCCGCUGGUCACCGGCCUGGCCUCGGCCCGCAACCUGGAGCAGCUGGAGCUGGUGAGGGUGCCCUUCCUGGGGGGGCUGAUCCAGCACGUGGUGGAGGACAGCUGGAGGUCAGGAGGCUUCAGGAACCUGCACACCAUCGUGUUCGGAGCCUGUAAGAACGCCCUGGAGGUGGACCUGGGCUACCUGAUCAUCACGGCGUCCCGCAGGCUUCACGAGCUGCGGAUCCAGCCCUCCCUGACCAAAGACGGAGUCUUCUCGGCUCUCAAGAUGGCCGAGCUGGAGUUCCCCCAGUUCGAGACGCUUCACCUGGGAUACGUGGACGAGUUCCUCCUGCAGUGUAAGAUGAGCCAUUCGGAGCUGGUGAAGUUCGGUCUGGCCGACGUCAUCGAGAACCCGGGGAUCAUCACCGACAUCGGCAUCAAGGUGGUGAACGAGGUCUUCACCAACAUCAAAUACCUGCUCAUCUACAACUGCCCCCACCUGCACAACCCCCACCACUGGAUCACAGAUCAGUCCCGCUGGAGCCGGCUGGUGGACCUGACCCUGGUCCGCUGCCACGCCGUCAAGCUGGAGUCCUUCUCCCAGUUCAUCGAGCUGCUGCCCUGCCUGGAGUUCAUCUGCCUGGACCAGAUGUUCAGAGAGCCGCCCAAGGGCUGUGCCCGGGUGGGUCUGAGUGCAGGAACGGGGAUCGGUGUGUCCUCGGCGCUGGUCAGUAACCAGAACUCCAACAAUGACAACAACCAUCAUCACCACCACCACGAAGCCAACCUGCCCCCUGCUGCUCCCCCCGUCAACAACAACAACAACCACCAGAGGGCGCCGCCGCACAACGUUCCGGUGGAGGUGAACGGGCUGGAGGAGGAGGACCAGGAGGAGGAGGAGGAGGUGGUCCUGGAGGAGGACCACCGGGGGGCGGGGCCUCGGAUCCAGCCCAAAGCAGCGGAGCGGAGGACGGAGGUGGAGGAUGAAGCUCCGGGUCCCAGUCAGCCGGCGGGGACGCCUCGGCCCGAAGACGAGGAGCAAGCAGGUCCCAGUGGGCUGGUGCAGCGCUGCAGACCAGCGGGGGCCCCGGGCCCCAUGCCUCCUCUGGUCCUGUCCGACUCGGACAGCGAGGAGGACGAGGGCCUGGGGGGCCCGGCCCCCCACCCGGCCCCCCGCCCGGCGCCGUCCUGCCUGCAGCAGCCGGCCUCCUGCACCAAAGGAAAAGGGAAGACCCCCCUGCGGCGCGGGAAGACGCCGUCCCCCCCGGCGCCGGCCCCCGCCGCGGCGCCGGAGCGGAGCUGCGAGAAGAGCUGCCAGGUGAGCAGCGAGCAGAUCAAGGCCGACAUGAAGGCGGCCAGCGAGAGCGGCCGGAGGAGCAUCGGGAAGGACAUGGCCACCGACACCGCCGAGCCCCCGCCGCGGCCCGACGGGGGGGCCGCGGCGCCCCGGGCCGGCGUCAGGCCGCCGGGCCGGUCCGGGCCGGGGCUCGUCCGGUCCGCCGCCGACCCCCGGGGACCCGCCGUGAGGAGACCGCUGCUGCCGGCGGAGGACAGACCCCCCUCGGCCCCCCCCUCGGCCCCCCGCCCGGCGCCGGACCCACCGCCUGACGCCUUCGUUCCCAGACGACCCCUGACCCGGUCCUGCACCCGCUCGUCCUCCGUGCCCCUGGUCCCGGAGACAGACCUCCCUCCGCCGCGGCCGCGCGCCGCCGUCAGGAGGAAACGGAUGUCUGACAAGUCGACCAGCACCUCGGACCCAGUGACGGAGGACGACCACGUCCAGGUUUUGUCCCUGAAGAGUAAGAACCUGGUGGGAAUCACUCUGACCAACUGUGGGAUCACCGACCUCGUCCUCAAGGACUGCCCCAAGAUGAUGUUCAUUCACGCCACCAGGUGCCGGGUGCUGAAGCAGCUGCGGGUGGAGAGCGCCCCCAUCGUCAACCGCUUCGACUACGCUCAGUGCAAGAAGCUGGACAUGGAGCAGGUCCUGGACCAGAUCCUCAGGAUGCCUCCUGAGAGGAACCGGAUCAUCUACAUGCGUCCCAUGCACCAGAUCGACUCGGUGGCGUUGGAACGGCAGCUCUUCCAGGGCCCGUAUCCGUACCACAUCGCCAUCGUCCACGAGUUCAGCAACCCCCCAAACAUCCGCAACAAGGUCCGCAUCCGCAGCUGGAUGGACACCAUCGCCAACAUCAGCCAGGAGCUCAUCAAGUACGAGUUCUUCCCCGAAGCCACCAGGACGGAGGAGGACGUGAAGAAGUACCCCAGAUACCCCUGGGGCAGAGACAUCUACACUCUGGAGGGAGUGGUGGAUGGCGCCCCCUACAGUAUGAUCACGGACUUCCCCUGGCUGAGGACUCUGAGAGCCGCCGACCCCAACAGCUACGCCCGCUACGACUUCGAGGACGACGAGAGCACCACCAUCUACGCCCCGCGCCGCAAAGGCCAGCUGUCUGCCGACAUCUGCAUGGAGACCAUCGGCGAGGAGAUCUCCGAGCGCCGGCAGAGCAGGAGGGGCGUGUUCCAGAGGGUGGUGGUCCUCUUCCUCCACCACUGCGACACGCCCGGAGAGCCGGUGGAGGAUGACUACAUCUGAAGCUCAGUGUGUCCACACUGACGGGAUUUCCUUCUUACAGAAGUACGAGCACAGCGAGAGGAGAGGCGCCGAGGAAACCUCUUUAGAAUGUCUUUGUUCAGGGCUCACUCUCCUCCGGAGCAGCGCCGAGACGCUUCGUUGAUCCGCUCCAGAUUAUUAGACGGGGUUAUUCCUUCGUUCCUCACCCUGGCGUUCAGAGAUCACAGCAGGAGGGAAGGCUUGGUUGUGCACCGUGUUUGGAAAGUGAGCGAUGUGGGGGUGUGGGUUGAGUCUCUGGAAGGACGGCGGCAGCCGCUCCGCUCGUGGAGCAUUCAGCCGCAGGACUGAACACGUACCAGAGUCUCAGAAGAAGAGGAGCCCAGCGUCCGACCUGCUGAAGCAGUGAAUGUCCCACUGGGUUUACAUCGGGGGUGUCCAGACUCGGUCUGGAGGAGCAGAGCGGCGGGGAAGGGGCGUCACUGCCGUGGUUUUAAGUUUUCUGCUACGUCGGGUUUCUUUGCUUCUGCCUGUCAGUCGAGUCACGGCAACAUUUCCCUUUUAUUGGCUUCGCUUGGUGCUUGGUGGAGACUUCAGUGUCUCCACCUGGAACUCUCCAUCACGAUACAGGCAAAUCCGCGAGAGAGUAGAAAUGGACUGUUUUCCUUUAUUUUUUUACCAUUAGUUUGUUCGUUAAAAAAAGAAAAAAAGAAAAGGUCCUCGGGCCCCAGUUUGGACACCUCUGGUUUAGAUGCGGUGGCGUGAAUCUGAAGCUUCCUGUUUGCCUUGCAUGUACAGUUGUACAGACGUCAGGGAUGAAGAUAUGUUUCAAAGUGUUUAUAUGUUUAUAAAGAACAGAACUAUUUCGCAUACUGAACAGUAAAACAAUG